AUUAUUCACUCACGAUGCCCAAGCUAGCAGAGCUUUCAGGUGACGAGAAUUCAGGCGAAAGUUCACGCACCUUCGUGUUCGAAGACGAAGGGCACACUUUGGGGAAUGUGCUGAAAAGUAUCAUCUGCAAGUAUCCCGAUGUCAACUUUUGCGGCUACACUGUACCACAUCCGGCGGAAAACAAAAUGCACUUCCGGAUACAGGCCGCCAAAAGUGUUCGUGCCAUCGAUAUUCUACGGCGCGGAUUGGAAGAUUUGGAGCGCGUAUGUGAUCAUACGAUAGAAACGUUUGAGGCAGCAAUAGCAUUACACCAGCAGGGAGCAGCUUAG